CUAGUAAUCCGCGGAUCAGUAACAAAGAAGCUUGCAGAAUAAUCGGUAAUAAAUAAUAAUUGCUUAUAUAUUUUUAAUUAUAAUUUUUAUUCUAUUGGAUUUACGAAUAAAAAAGUAAAAUAUUUUUUCAAGAUAUAAAGUAACAAAAUGUCGAAAAUAACUUUAAUAUUAUCAAUUUUCGUAUUGAUUGUUAUCUGUUCUGGUGCAUAUGCAGCAUGUCCUGGCGGUUGGUGCCAUCCAUCACAAGGAUAUGGCUGCUGUGAAGGACACAUAUGCAGUUCGCAUUAUUUUCAAGGUACAUGUUUAACCGAUCAGGAAUGGGAGGACAGACAAGGUGGGCCAGUAUUAACAGGAUCAGGAAAAUAAUUACAACAAUACAGUGAAGAUUUAUAAAUGUAUUGUACCAAUUAAUAAAAAUCACUGUCUUACGAAAAAAAUUAUGAAGGACUUAUUUUCAUUCAUAUAAGAUUUGUUUCAGAAAACAGUUUUUUUCAAAUAUCGUCAAAACGACUUAACCAAUCAUUCCCAAAAUUUUAUCAGCUCUAGACCUCAAUAAAACACGUCGAUUGCCACCCCAACCGUCUUAAUCGGUCAAUUCGUUUACGAGAUAUCGUUGAUUAAAAAAUUAGUGAAAAACGUUUUUUUUCAGAUAUCUACAGAAAAAUUGAAUCAUUCGAUUUUAAAAUCUAUUCAGCUCUAGAACUUAAUAAAACGCGUCGAUUGCCGCCUCAACUAUCAAAAUCGGUUAAUUCGUUUGCGAGAUAUCGUAGGAGAAAGAAAUGCUAAAAAAUGUUUUUUUAGAAAACAACGGCACACAAAAGUAUUUUCGAUCUCGAAGAGCUCGAAAAUGUAUUCACAACAAUGUUUUCGAGCUCGCUGAGCUCGAAAACAGCGGGAAGUUUUCGGGGCUGGCCGCAGGGUUAACCGAUAGACCGAUUUUUUUUUAUUGUUUUUAAACUAGUCGUAUGAGUAGACUAUUCUUUAUUUUUCAUUCAUACGAUUGUUGUAUAAAUAAUUAUUUUUUAUUCAUCCGAUUGUCGUGCGAUUUUCAACAGCCAGAAAAAUAACUCGGUUAUUUAUAUUCAUAAAAUAUGCAUUGAUCGUAUUGAUAAACGUUCGAGAGAUAAAGAGCGAGCAAGCAGUCGUUUCAUAAAUUUGAUCACCCACUUUUUAAUGAAAACCCAAGCGCCCUCUAUUGAUAUCCAACGCUGACAGUUAUCAGCUGUUUCAGUAAACAAAGAGAAGCAUUUCGCGAUGGAUGCUGAUGAAAGUGGUGCUCCUCAACAAGUUAUUAAUGAUACUGAUAAAUUAUCAAAUGGUGAUGACUCGUUGUCAUCUACUUCUGAUUCUGAUGAUUACAUCGACAACUGGUAUUUCAUGCCUGAUUCGAUCCUGCUGAGCAUAUUCAAAUUACUGACUCCCAAAGAGGUUGUCAACAUUGGAUUAGUGUGUAAACAUUGGAACCGUGUCUCUCAGGAUGAGCUCCUGUGGAAGGAUCUCUUCUACAGAACCUACAAAAUAGAUCCCUCGGUUGGAAUAAUGCCAGGAAAGACUUCAUGGUUCGAAGAAUUCAAGCGAUUGUCAUAUCAUACACCUUUACUAGAGACUGAAGUGCUGCUGGAUCACGCACAUCAAGUUUUGCAUGUUAGUUUUUCGCACAAUGGCAAAAUGUUCGCAACUUGCUCUAAAGAUGGUCAUAUACUAGUAUGGAACAGUCAAUUUCCAGCUACAGUUAAAUACCAACAUGAUAUGAAGACGUUUAGUUGGAAGUAUACCCAAUUUUCUCAAUUUAAUUGCUCCGAUACUCUACUUUUGGUGUCUGGUGUGCAUUUUGGAACACCUCACAGCACAUCUGGUGAAAUAGCUGUCUUCAGAUUAGCGCCUGGAUUUGAUCUCCAAUGCAGAGUUGGUAAUAAACCAUUUGACAUAUUCGGUACGUGGUACAGUGAGCGUUACCUUUUAAGUGGUGAUUCACACUGGCUUGCACCCAUGGUGAGUUCAAGUGUCCUUUGGCUCAAUAAGGCGAAUCAGGAAUCGGCUAGUGAACAUGUGCCGAUAAUGAAUCAACUUUACAAAUUUUAUAAUUUUAAUUCAACGUCAAUACGUGCUGUGAUGGUAGCUAAUUGUUUGUGUCCUGAGUCCACGGAAGCUGAAGAACCUGAAAGUCAACAGUCGACAUCAAGUCAAAAAGAAACUCAAGGAAACUCGAGUCAACGAGAUGUUUCUUCGAUGUCAGUAGAUAAUCAGCAAGAAGAGCCUGAAGUUCUACAUCAUGCAUCUUCUAGAUUACAAUAUAGUACAUUAGAAGGUGGUUUCAUGAAUUGGAAAAGAUUAGGAGAUGGUUUUGAAUAUGCAAAUCCAAUUAGAUAUAAUGAAGAAUAUCGUCAAGUUGAAAUGGAACGAGAAACAACGGAGAGUGAUAGUGAAACAGAUGCACCUCAGUGGGAAGAUGAAAGUGAAUUAUCAGAAGUAUCCGAAACUGCUGAUGAUUGUGAUUCUGAUGACUUGGCAGAUAAUCCUGAAAAAUUUCUUAUAUUUACCACUGGGUCUAAAACCUACACACAUCAUCAAGUAGGUUUCAAACGUAUUAAAGCUGUAAACUUUCCACGGAGAUUAGACCCCGGGCCGUCUUUGAAAGAGAGAUUGGCACAACGAGAACGCGAACGUGAGAGACAAAAUUCUGGUUCUCAUCCCGAGCCCAAUUGGCUUGAUUAUGAAUCAGUGGCUGAAAGAUUUGACAAAAUUGAUCAUGUCAUAGAUCUUCAUGGACAUAUUAUAGGAAUGGGUUUAUCUCCAGAUCAUAGGUAUCUUUAUGUAAAUACCAGGCCUUGGCCACGGGGUUACGUUAUUACAAAUCCACUAAAUCCGCCACCAAUUGCUCAAGAAAUAGAUAUUCAUGUAAUUGAUUUAGUUACGUUGAAACAAGUGGGGACAAUGUUAAGAGCGCACAAAGCUUAUACAUCAAAUAAUGAUUGUUAUUUUAUAUUUCUGGAUGUCUGUGAUGAAUACGUUGCAAGUGGUGCUGAAGAUAAACAUGGGUAUUUAUGGGACCGACAUUAUGGUGUAUGUCUCGCUAAAUUUCCACAUAAAGACGUUGUCAAUGCAGUUGCAUUCAAUCCCUGCAAUCCUGAGAUGCUUGUUACUACCAGUGAUGAUUAUACUGUUAAAGUUUGGCGUAGUCGUGCUGCUGUUAAGGCACUAGGACUCGAUGAAAAUGCAUAUCGACGUGGAUUGGAGGUACGAAAGAGACAUAGAUAUCACCGAAGUAAUUGUAAUAUUGAUUGAUUAAAAACCAUUCAGUUUCCGAUUUAAAUAUUCCCCGUAAUUAAUAUAGCUACACUGUACCACUUCUAUAGAAAAAAAAAAAAUAUAUAUCGAUAUCUUGCCGUAAAAAGUAAUAGUAUAAAUUAUAUAUAAAAAUUUCAAAUUAAAGUUCAAAAAAAUUCUAGUUAAUUAAUGGGAAAUGUUUAAAUUAGAAACUGAAUGUUUACGAAAGUUUAGUGAUAAUCGACUGUGAAAAAGUUUAAAAAAAACAAUAUAAAUAAAUAUAUAUAUACAAAUAUUAAAAUUAAAAGUAUACAUACACACAAGUUAAUUUAUAAGAUGAAUGUUAUGUUUUUAUAAGAUAUACAUUUUAUUUCAAAUAUUGAUGUAAUUAUUGGUUAUUAUAUACAUAUAUAAUAAUAAUUAUCUUCAUAUUUUAACAGUAUGUAAAUAUUAAACGCUCACGGAGUGCUUUUCUGUUUAUUUUUUAUAAUAAUUAUUAUUUAAAUUCUAUGAAUUAUUGACGGAUGAAUAAAAAUACGUAUUUUUAUUAUAAAUUAUUUAUCAGCAGCAUUCGAACUUGAAUGAUAAAUAUAUCCGGCAUCAUAAAUAUGUUUAUUUAAUAUAAAUAUACGCAACAAAUAUAUUUCAAUUAAACUCUAUUUGAAGUAAUUGUAUAGAAAGAAUAAGCACAAAAAAUACAGGGAUUAAAAAAAAAUAUUUAUAUGAGUAAAAAUAAAAAACUAAAUUAAUAUUCUUCAUUACAAAUUAAUUUAUAAUUUAUGAAAUUACAUUUACAUCGAGAUAAGGGCAAUAGCUGAUAAAUAGGGCCAGGAUUUUUGCGUUAAUUUAAAAAUAAAUAAUAAUUAGUGGUGUGAAAUUUUUUAUAUUACGGGGAAAAUAUUGGUCUUAGUAAAAAAUUUUUCAAACAAAAGUUGUAGGAAAUUUAAUUUUCUAAAAAAAAUAUCUCUUAUAAUUUUUUCUUAGAACUAAUGAGAAAACCAUAAUUUCAAAAUUAAGAUUUUCAUAAUAAACAAAAUUUUGAAUCAUUCAUUAUGAAUCUUAAUUUUGGAAUUACGAUGAAAAUAUUGAUCGUAUGAAAAAAUCAUAAGAGACAUUCUCUUAAUAAAAUUAAAUUUCCUACAACUUUUGUUCGAAAACUUUUUUACUAAGACCGAUAUUUUCCUCGUAAUAUUAAAAAUUUGAACUAUUCAUUUAAAAAUUAAGGCAAAAAUCUUGUCCCUACUGAUAAAUCAUAUUAUACUGCCAAGUAAUUUAAUCUACAACGUAAUCUAUUAAAUAUAUGGCAAUUGAAAAAAUUGUUAGUUCGA